UUAGAGGGAACGAGACCUGUAUAGGGGAGAGUGGGACUUAGGCAAGGGACCCCUUCCCCCAGGGCUUUAGGUAUGUGCAGGCAGCUGGGGCUGUUUGCCACCCCAGCCCCCCUUUCCCUCCCCCUGGACACAUACAAAGGGAACAAAGGGAGACAUACCUAGUGGCGGGAAAAAAGGGGGCGGGUUGGGGGAGGUAAAAGGGGGCUGGUGCAGAGAAGGGACAGACUUUUAAGGACGAAACCAAGCCAGGAGCAGCAGACUAACUUUUGUUUUUUGUUUUGUUUUUUGUUUCAGGCAGAUCGCUAACAGCUGUGCGGCAAAAAACUCACCAGGAAAUCUGCAGCUUGAAGAGAUCCGGUCAGCGCUGAGAUGGAGGCGAAUGCGGCCCAAGUGAUGGAGAUCGGAGCGACGAAGAGGAAAGCCCUGAUGCCCAGGAGGUUCCGGGAAGAGUCAGAAGGCUCGGCAGAGGACAUCGCUAGGCCCAAGAAGAGGGUAAGUUGUUCCUUGCAGGUCAGAAGUCGGUCGGCGAGCGGUGGAUGCGGCGGAAGAGACGGCGUCGUCAGCGAAGAGGAGGAAGCAUCGCGAGAACGAGAACCGGAUCAAGAUGACGUCACUUCCGGACCGACGAGCAGCGCUGGACCGGCGGCGAGGAAAAGGAAGAAGUUUGGAGGCGCACAGAGGAUCGGGGAGCAGCGCAACAAGGAGUAUCCAAGGAAGAGAGGCAAUGGUAUAACCAGAGGAUGCCUGGAUGGGCAAUGGGACAAGAGUUUCCAUAUUGGGAGAGUUAUCGGGUGCCGAGUAUCCAGUUUAGAAACAGGGAGGAAGAGGAGAGCUGGUUGCAGUGGAGGAGAGAAAGAACGCAAAGACAAGAGGAGGAGGCAGGCCCAUCAACAAGGAGGGAAAAAGAAGCCUAUCCAACAAAUACAAGGGUGCAGAAAGAGGAUACAAGCACACAGAGACCAGUCGUGGCAACCGCUGCAAAGGAGGCACCUAUGGUUGGUGAACCUCUCUUAGAAGAGCUGUACGGGAAAUCUGUAUCCGAGAGAACUCUUGCCGCAUACAAAAAGGCAUGGAAAAGAUGGCAACUAUUCUGCGAAAGCGGUAAGAGAGAGGGCAGCACUAAAGAUUUGUUGUCAUUUUUGGCGUUAAUGUAUAGGGAGGGAAAAUCAAAAGCAGGCGCCAGCGCCACGCUAGCGGCGAUUUCCCAUUUUUCAGUAGCAGAAGGUAGACCUGAGAUAGUACGCAGCCCAGUAAUUAGGAAAGUUAUGAAAGGAUGGGCAAGAGCGGAGGGCCCUAGAGUAGAUGAAAGAGAACCAAUAGUGGAGAGCAGGCUGACUCUGGUCAUAAGGGCAUUAAAAAAGGUCUGUUUUGAUCAAUUUGAAUAUAUGCUGUUCAGGGCAGCAUUCACAUUAGCAUUUGGGGGGGCGUUGCGGUUAAGUGAAUUGGUCCCCCCAUCAAAAAAGGCCGCAGGGAAAGGUUUAAUGGACAAGCACGUAGUUAUACAAGAGGGGAAAGCUUUGGUCUAUGUUAGUAGAUCUAAAACCGAUCAGGAAGGGAAAGGGAGGUGGAUAGGUAUAGAGGCCACAGGUAAAAUAACAUGUACGAUCAAGGCACUGGUGAAUUAUAGGACAGUCCGGCCCGGGGGUGGGCAGCUGCUACUACUGCACAAAGACUCAUCCCCCCUUUCUGCUUUCCAGUUUAGCCAGGUGCUGAAGAAGGCAGUAAUAGUCAAUGGUUGGGACCCAAAGAAAUUUAGUUCACAUUCUUUCAGAAUAGGUGCAGCAACGGAGGCAGCAAUGAGGGGGGAGUGUAUAGAGAAGAUAAAAAAGAUGGGGAGAUGGAAAUCAGAGGCAUAUAGGAAGUAUAUACGGCCCGUGGAAAAAAUGAAAAAUGGAAGCUAACCUUGCAUAUGUAUUUACUUCGCAGCAAGGUGCGGAUCUGCUGUCAACAUAUUGGUUAUAGGGCACUCAUUUAUUUUCUGGGCCGAAAAGCAUGCAGCAGGGCAACAGCUGGGGUUACCAAAGGAACACAUGAAGUUGGCAUGGCAGGGUUGGAGAGGUAUGAGAUGGGAGCAGCUAAAAGGUAGGUUCUAUAACGCGCUCCAUCGAAUUAAUUUCGUGCAUUUAGUUAUAAUUCAUACAGGGGGAAACGAUCUCACGUCAAAAAAGACUCCAGCACUCAUAGAGAACAUGAGGGCCGACUUGUCGGAGAUGCUGGAAAACAGGAAGGUCGGGGGGUUAGCUUGGUCAGACAUUAUACAGAGGAGCAAUUGGAGGGGGGCAAUUUCACCCAAAGGCGUGGAAAAAGCUAGAAAGAAAGUGAACCGGGCCAUGCAUAAAUUCAUGUGUUCCUUUGGAAAAGGUAUCAUAAGGCACGACAACAUAAGAAGUAAGCAACACCAGUUCUUUAGGGAAGAUGGAGUUCAUCUGUCAAGUGAAGGUUUGGAUCUGUUUUUAGGGAACAUCGGGUCAUUUAUUCAGGAGUGGUGGAAGUCACAGGAGGUAUAGGUGGGCCAUGGAAAAGGACAAGGUGGUACCCCUCCCCCCUUUUCCAUUGGGUGGCGGCAGUGCGGCUCCAGGAGAAAAGACGGUUACAGUGCAGGCCUACCCUUUGGAGAGUCACUAGUGUGGAGCAGACUUUGACUGCACGGUCUUGUCUGAGUCAUGCAAGGGGCUGGGGUUAGCGCCAGUUAUGCACACGGUUGGGAGCAGGAGGAUGGGGCGACUGAUUGGUCACAGAGGGCGCUUGGCCCCAUGAUCCCUGCUCCCUAUGGUUGUCUAUUACGGUGUGGGCACAAUGCCCAGGUUGGUGAUAGGAGCCGCAGCUGGGGGUCAGGGGGUACCUAGUCCUUUUUAGCAAAAAGUAAUAAAUAAAGAAAGUGACUUCCACACAUAUUUUGCACCAAAUUAAGUCUCUGUGUCAUUCUUGAGGGGGAUGUGAGAUGCCCCAGGGGAUAGGGGUAUCCUUGGCCUAGAGGGAACGAGACCUGUAUAGGGGAGAGUGGGACUUAGGCAAGGGACCCCUUCCCCCAGGGCUUUAGGUAUGUGCAGGCAGCUGGGGCUGUUUGCCACCCCAGCCCCCCUUUCCCUCCCCCUGGACACAUACAAAGGGAACAAAGGGAGACAUACCUAGUGGCGGGAAAAAAGGGGGCGGGUUGGGGGAGGUAAAAGGGGGCUGGUGCAGAGAAGGGACAGACUUUUAAGGACGAAACCAAGCCAGGAGCAGCAGACUAACUUUUGUUUUUUGUUUCCCACCCUCCCACCCUGUAGGUGGAUGGAGGCUAAGAAGGUGCUCCAGGGUCUUCGGACCGAUCGCCUAGACGGGGUCAGGAAGGAAUUUUCCCCUACGGUGCCAAUUGGAAACACACACCGAAGGGUUUUUUCGCCUUCCUCUGGAGCAUUAUUAUAUGUGAAGUCAAAGGUACUCCCUGAAAUCAGCUGCGGCUACAAAUGUGUGGGGGUCAGCGGCAGUGCGGCUCCAGGAGAAAAGACGGUUACAGUGCAGGCCUACCCUUUGGAGAGUCACUAGUGUGGAGCAGACUUUGACUGCACGGUCUUGUCUGAGUCAUGCAAGGGGCUGGGGUUAGCGCCAGUUAUGCACACGGUUGGGAGCAGGAGGAUGGGCGACUGAUUGGUCACAGAGGGCGCUUGGCCCCAUGAUCCCUGCUCCCUAUGGUUGUCUAUUACGGUGUGGGCACAAUGCCCAGGUUGGUGAUAGGAGCCGCAGCUGGGGGUCAGGGGGUACCUAGUCCUUUUUAGCAAAAAGUAAUAAAUAAAGAAAGUGACUUCCACACAUAUUUUGCACCAAAUUAAGUCUCUGUGUCAUUCUUGAGGGGGAUGUGAGAUGCCCCAGGGGAUAGGGGUAUCCUUGGCCUAGAGGGAACGAGACCUGUAUAGGGGAGAGUGGGACUUAGGCAAGGGACCCCUUCCCCCAGGGCUUUAGGUAUGUGCAGGCAGCUGGGGCUGUUUGCCACCCCAGCCCCCCUUUCCCUCCCCCUGGACACAUACAAAGGGAACAAAGGGAGACAUACCUAGUGGCGGGAAAAAAGGGGGCGGGUUGGGGGAGGUAAAAGGGGGCUGGUGCAGAGAAGGGACAGACUUUUAAGGACGAAACCAAGCCAGGAGCAGCAGACUAACUUUUGUUUUUUGUUUCCCACCCUCCCACCCUGUAGGUGGAUGGAGGCUAAGAAGGUGCUCCAGGGUCUUCGGACCGAUCGCCUAGACGGGGUCAGGAAGGAAUUUUCCCCUACGGUGCCAAUUGGAAACACACACCGAAGGGUUUUUUCGCCUUCCUCUGGAGCAUUAUUAUAUGUGAAGUCAAAGGUACUCCCUGAAAUCAGCUGCGGCUACAAAUGUGUGGGGGUCAGCGGCAGUGCGGCUCCAGGAGAAAAGACGGUUACAGUGCAGGCCUACCCUUUGGAGAGUCACUAGUGUGGAGCAGACUUUGACUGCACGGUCUUGUCUGAGUCAUGCAAGGGGCUGGGGUUAGCGCCAGUUAUGCACACGGUUGGGAGCAGGAGGAUGGGCGACUGAUUGGUCACAGAGGGCGCUUGGCCCCAUGAUCCCUGCUCCCUAUGGUUGUCUAUUACGGUGUGGGCACAAUGCCCAGGUUGGUGAUAGGAGCCGCAGCUGGGGGUCAGGGGGUACCUAGUCCUUUUUAGCAAAAAGUAAUAAAUAAAGAAAGUGACUUCCACACAUAUUUUGCACCAAA